GUGAAGCUAGGGUCUAACAUUAGUAAAAGGAUUUCUGUGAUUUGACAAAGACACAGCUUUCUCCUGACUUGUAUAACACACAAGUUGCGCCAUAGCUGGGGGCACACGUGCUGUCAUGUUGUCACAGAACAGGCUCCGGGCACAGGAAGAUGGGGGUCAUACUACGUACUAUCCCUGCACCUUUCCAUGUAGUGGGUGUUGCUCAUAGGAAACACAGGGGGUGCGGAUGAAUAUAAAGCAUUGUUCUGUACAGCUUCUUAUAUAUUACAUUAUGUACCUGGCCCCUUCAUUUUGCAGUAUCACCCUGCACUAUACCACAUUACACCUGUGCUGUAGAUGUUUCUCUAAUCACUCAGACAUGUGACUCACAUUGCAGGAAAUAAACAUGUCAGGCACAUACAGUACUAGAGAGUCCCCGUGCUCCAGCUGUUUUGUGUCGCACAAUGUAAUGUUAUGUCACUCGACACUGUAAUCAAUUCAUUGGCCAACAUUCCUCAUGCUGAUUAUUUUAAGACUGUCUUUUCCCCUAUUGCAUCAACUGUGUUACCAGUAACACCAGUCUCCAAAACUCAUAUUAAACUGUGUACAGCAAAGUGUUCAUGUCCGCUUACAUUCAAAUAAAGUUUUACAAGUUGAAUCAGGGAAAAAAAUCUAUUGAUUUAGCUGCAUCAAGGCCUGGAUUAGCCCCACCCACUACAGGCUACAGUGUCCAGUGGGGAAGAAGUGCGUUUUCCAGACCCAGUUGUCACUGUUUGCAGUUCCAUUACAGCACCAGCCGGGGGAGCCGGGGUCGGGGCAGGAUGAGUGACAUUCGCCAUUCCCUCCUGCGGCGAGAUGCCCUCAGCGCGGCCAAGGAGGUGCUUUACCACCUGGACAUCUAUUUCAGCAGCCAGCUGCAGAGUGCCCCGGUGCCGCUGGUCGAAAAGGGGCCCAUCGAACUGUUGGAGGAGUUUAUCUUCCACGUUCCCAAGGAGCGAGGGAUCCAUAGCAAGUGGUUUACCGCCAUGCAAGAGCUGCAGCUGCUGGAGAUACUCUGCAACUACUUCCAGGAGCAGAACAAGGAGCCCGUGCGGCAGGUCAUCUUCUCCUCGCUCUUCAGCCCGCAGGGCAAUAAAGCCGACGAGCCGCGCAUGUCUCUGCUGGGGAAGCUGACGUCUAUGGCAGUGGCGGUGUGCAGAGUCCCUGUGCUGGAGUGUGCGGCUUCAUGGCUGCAGCGCACUCCGGCUGUGUACUGCAUACGUUUGGCCAAGACUCUAGUGGAUGACUACUGUGGCAUGGUUCCAGGCUCCAUCCAGACACUAAAGCAGAUCUUCAAUGUGAGCCCCCGUUUCUGCUGUCAGUUCAUCACUGCCGUCGCUGCACUUUAUGAUAUGUCCAAAGAGGACCUCCUCCCCCCUCACAAUCUUCUGGAGAUGAUUGUUUCCUGGAUCUUCGAGGAUCCCCGUCUCGUUCUGAUCACUUUCCUCAACACCCCUAUCACUGCCAACCUGUCCAUUGGCUUCCUGGACUUCUCUCCAUUAAUGAGCCUGGUGCGGUGGUGUGUGAUCGCCCCCCUGGCCUACAGGCGCAAGAAGAAGGCUGCUGGCGGUGGGGUGAUUGCAGACAAUCAAAGCCUUUACUCCAAGCUACACUUGAGUGUCCUGCAGGGCCUUAUGGUCCUUCAGACCCACCUUACGGAGAAGAACCUGUAUGGGCGGCUGGGGCUGGUGAUGUUUGAUCAACUUGUGCCUCUGGUGGAAGAGCUGGGACAACUGUGCAAUGAGCUUAACCCACUGAACGCUGAGCAAGAGAUGGAGCUGGCGCUAGAUCGGCUGGCACAGGCGCUACAGGUCUCCAUGGCCACAGGAGCAUUACUCUGCACCCGCGAUGACCUCAGGACCCUUUGUGCGAGGCUUCCCCAUAAUAACCUAAUGCAGUUGGUGGUCUCUGGCCCGGUUCAGCCACAGCCUGCUCUGUCUCAGACAUACUACCCUCACAUUCAUACUCCGCCGCUCGGCUACCCAACGCUUCCUGCUCAUGCAGCAUUGCCUGCACACUCAUCAUUACCUGCUCAUGCAGCCCUGCCCGCUCACACAGCGCUUCCUGCACAUGCAGCGCUGCCUACUCACCCGUCUUUACCGGGUCAUCCUGUGCAGGCAUUCAUCCCUGGGGUCACUUUUCCUUUCCGGCCAAUGCGUUGACUUACGGAGAGAGACUAUCAUUGCCGCUGAGCUGGAAGAGGAACGCAGGACCCGGAGAAGCUGCAUGCCAUCAUUGUUCCAGUGCAGCAAGGACAUCCGUCACCAUACUGGGUGUCCAGGCUUCCUUAGCUGUAAUACUAUGCCUGACCUGCAGGUGGCUACACCGCGUAGGUCACAAUCUGUCGCGUUGGUCAUCCAUAAUGAGCGUUAUAGUCUUCUGACAUUACCAGGUUCUGUGAUGUAAUUUUAUAACUUUGCUAUUUUGUUCAGUGGGCGCUAUGUAGUUAUCAAAGACCCAAGAAGAUGGAGUUCUACUGUGAUCUGGUUCAUUCUGCAGUGCAUUUCAUCCGGCGGACUGUAUAUGCACUGUAGUCUCUCAUGCUUCCACACUGACAACACAACAGAAGAUCUUGGAGGGGAGGGGCUAGCGGAAGCUGGCCCCAAGACCAAGCUCUCUGUGCUGACAACCUAACUUCCUUGUGGAGCCAGACCGUCAGACUGUACUACGUCCGCUGGCGAGCUAGGCUGCAGUGCGAUUAUGAGUAAGCGAUCCCAGGAACAGGUGUGGUACAUGAACUGCGCUCUGAAUGCCACGCCUUGUCCAAGGUGAUGGUGGUCACAAUGUACUUUAUAUUUUUGUACAAAAUGUUUUAUGCACUAUAUAUGUAAAACCAUAAAACCCACAUCCGAGAAUCUGGUGUCGGGGCCUUUUUGGUUCUUCUUCCCGCUCGAUUUUCCAUAAACUAGUGUUACUACCAGAAUAAUAGUCCGGCUUUCUACCUGUACAUACAGCAAGAGGAUUGUACUAACGUUCCACCACCUACCCUGUGCUGUAUUACAUUAUUAUCCAUGUGUUACUGCCUGGUGACAUUACAAUAUCCACAGAUAUCUGCUGCGGUUCUGUAAGUACAACACGAAAGAGCCAUGACACCCAGGAGCGGCCACUGGCAGCCUUAGAAGAUUGCAUUUAGCUUCUGCGGGUAAUCAUGUGGAAAGUGUGGAGGACUAAUCUGAUCUGUACGGACUGGCAAUCCCUCUUUAAAUAAUCCUUUCCAGUGCUGCCUGUAGUUGUGGGGAUUGUCUAAGAAAUUGUAUCUUGAAUUCAGAAAUAUAAAUCCAUUUGUUUCCCAGUAUAAUAAUAAUAAUAAUUUUUUGAGUUUAACUGAGGCCUUUAAAGGGUUUUCAGAGCGGUUUCUGAAUUAAUGCUGCACUUUUUGAGGACGAUAUUUGCGGUACUCCCCAUGAUUCUGGGGGUACGCUAAUAUAUAAUACAUAAGUGUAUUUAACAUGCAAAGUUCAGGCAGUACAUCCUGUAGCCUAGAGAGUAGUGUGAAGCUUGCACAUAAAAACCCCUCGUACUACGACCAAGAAAACUCUUAACCAGAUAAAACAAUGUAUUGAAAAAACUUCACUGAAGAUUCUGAAAGUUAUCUUUGGGAGAUUGCCUUUAAAGUGACACAAGCAGGCUGAGCUGCAAGCAGAUAAUGUGUUUAUAUAUUUCUAUGUAUUUUUCUUUUUUUAUAAAUAAAGUAUGAAAACAAA